AUCAUCACCAGCAGAAGCAGUUCCCCUCCUCUUUCCCCGCCCCGGCCGGCUUACCCUCCUUGCCCGGCCCACAUACCACGGCUGUGUUACCGCAGGGAGAAGUUUGUUCGCCGCGUGUCGUGAACCAUGGAGGAGUUAGCCAGAGAGAGCAUCAGCCUGCUGGCUUCAGCCUCGGCUAAGCCCCCGCUGGACGUGGCCGUGGGUCCACGACUUGGUUCCGUGGGGGCCGUUUUCAUCAUGCUGAAGUCCGCACUGGGCGCCGGACUCCUCAACUUCCCCUGGGCCUUCGAGAGAGCCGGAGGAAUCCGCAGCGCUGUGACCGUGGAGCUGGUCUCCCUGGUGUUCCUCAUCAGUGGUCUGAUCAUCCUGGGCUACUCGUCGUCCAUCAGCGGUCAGUGCACCUACCAGGCGGUGGUGAAAGAAGUGUGCGGGCCGGCCAUCGGUCAGCUGUGUGAGAUCUGCUACGUCUUCAACUUGUUCAUGAUCUCCGUAGCCUUUCUGGUCAUAGUGGAUGACCAGCUGGAGGAGUUGUGCGGCUCCGUGUAUGAGCUGGUCACUGGUCUGCCACAGUCAGAUCUACCGCACCACUUCUACACAGACCAACGCUUUGCCCUGGUGUUGCUCUGCGUUUUCCUCAUCCUGCCGCUGUCCAUGCCCAAAGAGAUUGGCUUUCAGAAAUACAUCAGUGGUCUGGGCACUCUGGCUGCGACCUACCUGGCUAUAGCCAUCAUCAUCAAAUACCACACCAUGCCUUCUGUUAUGGUUCAUGUCACCCCGCUCUACAGCAGUGGAAUCAGCUCCUGGGCGUCCAUGUUCAGUGUCAUCCCAACCAUCUGCUUUGGUUUCCAGUGCCACGAGGCUUCCAUUGCCAUCUACAGCAGCAUGGAGAACCAGCGGCUGUCUCACUGGGUCCUUAUCUCUGUGGUCUCCAUGAUCUUCUGUCUCAUAAUUUACUCCCUCACAGGGGUUUAUGGGUAUCUGACAUUCGGAAAGGACGUGAAGGCCGACAUUCUGAUGUCGUACACUGGCGAUGAUAUCCUGAUUCUCAUCGCCAGGCUGCUGUUUGGAAUCUCCAUCAUCACCAUCUACCCCAUCAUCCUGCUGCUCGGCAGAUCAGUGAUCCAGGACCCCCUGCUGAGCUGGCGGCGGAAGCGUCACGGCGUGGUGACGGCGGACUUUGAAAACCGAAGCCGAUACGUGCUGACGGUGCUGUGGAUCGCAGUGACGCUGCUUAUCGCCAUCUUUGUGCCAGACAUCAGCAAGGUGAUCAGUGUCAUCGGCGGGAUCAGCGCCUUUUUCAUCUUCAUCUUCCCAGGACUGUGUUUGAUCUUUGCCAUGCAGUCUGUGCCCGUGUCCUGUAAAACCAGAGUCGUGCUCACAGUUUGGGGAGUUGUGACCCUGAUCAGUGGAGCCUUCAUCUUUGGUCAGAGCACCACCAUCGCUGUCAUGCAGCUGCUGGGAAAGAUCUGACUCCACCUCCCCUCGCAGAUCUGUGUUUUCAUGGAGAGAACGCUGACCACGUGUGAAUCCCUCCCCCCCCCUCUCUCCUGUACAGCUCAUGUUGAGUUAUGGCCACCAUGGACUCUUUAAAAGUGAACUG